CUUAUGGACAACCUUACUCUGACAGACGGACCAAACAUGGCGCCGUCGGUCGAGGCAUCGACGCCAGAAUCUGCCGACAGGUCUAUUGCGGAUCUGGCAAGAGACUGCACUUCAGUAUUCCAUCAGUUAUUGAGCUUAGAGUCCCUAAAAGGAAAUGAGUGGUCGGAGAAUAGGUUGGCUGAUUUCAACCUCUGGACAGACGGCGUCGGCGCUACAGCCAAACCUGGGGCCUCGCUUGAUUCUAGGUUAAAGGGGCGGGCGGAUGACCUUCAGCUGGUGAAGAACCUCUUGGCGAUGCUUCAAGACUUUUUGAUCGGAUAUAUAAGAUGUGCUAAGAGUGGUAAUGGCACGGAGGAAGCUGUCCGCAAUGUCGACUCGGCAAUCAAGAACCUGGAAAUGAUCGGGGUGGCAAUCCGAUGGACAGGAAAGGCAUCCCGGACUAGGAGGACGGAGCGAACAUUUGACCCUUCUGAGCAUCGAAACUUCAGAAGGCACCUCGAGUGCAUGAUACUCUUGCAUCCUUCUGAGGAUGGACGCAAUCCGGAUGACCUCGACUUCUCCAAGUUGAACCAUGUCCAAAAUCGCCUCAUCGAAGCCAAUCUCAGGCGAAGACAUAGCUUCAGCGUGGCGCAAAAACGGUCCAUGAGAUCCGAGGCCAGCUACAUGGAGCAGCCACCUCAUUUGAAUCGAAUUUUCAGUAACCCUUCCACUCAGGGCGAAACCCAGAUGCAGAGACGGAAUGAAUUCGGGAAUCCCACGCGUAUGUCGUCCCUCAAAGCCAGAGAGCACCUUGCGCCAACUAUCACCGGCUUCUCAACUGCUUCCACAGCUGAAGGAACACUGCAAUAUACGCCGGUUUCAAGGCAUCUUCCAGAGGCAGUCAAGUCACAAAUUACUUUCAUUUCUGGUGCUACUGACUUCCCAAAACCACCCAAGACCCCACCUGGUUCCCUCAUAUGCAAGUGUCCUUGCUGUUGCCAGUCUCUGCCUAUUGAUGAAGUCCUGGACCCGAAGAAAUGGAGGCAACAUCUGAUUGAGGAUUUACGUCCCUACACUUGCAUCGCCAUUGACUGCCCCAAACCCGCCGUUAUUUUCAGUACACGAAAAGAAUGGGAGACUCACAUCAGGAGGGACCAUAAGCCCCAGUGGCAGUGUCCUCUAUGCGACGAAAGGGACUUGAUCUUCACCGAAAUGGAAGGAAUUGUGAUUCAUUUGCAAACGGAUCAUCAACAAGAGAUCCGGGAAGGCUCGCUCUCGACAAUCCUCUCCUAGUCCACAGUGCACCGCACAGGGAUACAAUCAUGUCCAUUAUGCGUAUCGAAUGGGCCGCAAGACUCUCCCGAAAUCGUCAACCAUGUAUUGCAACAUGCAUUCGAUUUUGCUCUCCUAGCCUUUCCAUGGACCCAAACAACUACUCCCGAUCUGAACAAACCAGUUGGUACUUAUAGUCUGACAGAAAGCGUGGAGAACACGGAGCGGAUCGAGCGGUGGUUAACGGAAUUACCGUUACCUGAGAUUGGACAGCUGCAGCUGUCUGAUUUCGAUGAGGCCGACCAUUCCAUGCCGGAACAGACCUACAAAGAGGAUGAGCUUGAU